AUGGCGCCACCUGCGCUUGCCAUAUACAAGAAAAAAGAUGGGACAUUGAACAUAUCCAAAGAUGAAAAAUCGAUUCAAUGGCUACCUUUGAAGGCUGAUGGAGGAGGAGCAAUGAUCAAUAUUGCUGUAGGAGAUAUUACCAAUUUGCAGCAGACCCCCGAAACCGCUGCAAAGGUAAUGCUGAAAAUAUUUGAGAAGUCAGCAAAUGCUCCGGAAUCUGUGACCCAUGUUUUUAAUUUCAAUUCCCCUGCAAAUCCACGUGGGGAAGCAAAUGCCAUCAAAGAUGCCUUGACAAAUUUGAUCAGUGCAUUGAAAGCCGCCGAUUUAAAUGUGCCCAAGACCAAUGGUUCGGGUGCUACUUCGGCAGCUAUGGCAAUGGCCAGCGCUGUAGCUUCGAAGCCUAGCUCUGGAAAUGCCAGAUUCUACGAUGAUGCUCAAUUGAAGACGGACAUUGAAUUGCAACAAUCACUCAUGAAGAAAGAUCCAGCGUUGCAGCGAACUUACAUGGAAUCGAGGCGGACAAAACCAGACACGAUAUCAGAUUCUCAAUUUAAUUCUCAAUUUUGGUCUGCACGAACGAAUCUUUUGCGCGCUCAUGCAGUCGAAUCGAGCCAAAAGAGGGGUCCUUACAAUGUUCUUUCUGCCGUAAAACCACGUCAAGUCGAUGGAGAGCUUAAGAUGAACAUUAGUGCGGAGCAGGUCCAGCUGAUCUUUAGCCAGCAUCCACUAGUCAAAAGGGUCUACGAUGAGAACGUUCCUAAACUCAAUGAGAUGGAUUUUUGGUCAAGAUUCUUUCUCAGUCGCCUAUUCAAAAGACUCAAGGGAGAGCGCAUUAGCGAACAAGAAAGUCUUGAUCCAACUUUUGAUAGGUAUAUGAAUGCCAAUAUUGAUGAUGGACUCGACCAAAGACUGCUUUCUACUCACAUUCCUCACAUUAUCGAUCUUGAGGGUAAUGAAGAAAAUCAAGGGGGUAUCAGAGCAGGCAAUCGAAAAGACUUUACAAUGCGGCCUGAAUCGUCAGGCAGAGUACCAAUCGUUCGAACUCUAAACAGCUUGAGCGAGAAAAUCAUGGCUCACGUUGCUCCAUCUGAUGUAGAUCCUGCAGACCCUAUUGGCAUGGACGAGGAAACCUUCAAUUCUCUAGCAUUGAGGGAUCUUCAAGGCGACCCAGAAGAGAAUCGGAUCAUGCUCAAUAUCAAAGAACAAAGUCAGUUCUUUUCGAGUGAAAAGUCUACUAUAUCCGAAGAAGCCGCCCUUUAUGCAAAGCAGAUUCCUUCCGAAGUCUUGCUCGGUCUACAGUCUGAUCUUGACCCCACAUUAAUGAACACCGAUUCCGCUGGAGGCUUAGACCUGCGGAAAGCUAUUGGGGUGAAUGAAGAAAGCGACAGCGAGGAAGAGGACGAACAAAAGACUCCUCAUGUCGGAAGCAAAAGCAGUCUCUCGGAUGCCCAGAAACAGAUCUUCGAAGGGAUUGCGGUACGGCGGACAGAGAUGGAUGGGUCUGGUGCUACAUCAGCGUUAGCGGGGUUAUCGCAGAUGCUGUUUGAUAGACUGACGCUAACACAUGCUACUACUGUUGAGUUUCUUCAUCAUUUCUGGCUUAUAUUCCUCUCCGGAGAUCCGGAUCGGGCAGGUGAGCUAGCAAAGAUGGUCGAGACACUUGACAGAGCCAUGGAUCGGAUCAAUGCUGUCGCAGCUGAUGCCGAGUAUGAAAGAGAUGAGAUCAUCGAGAGACAAAAAGCACAUUUGAGGGAUGUUUGGGAGAAGACGGGGAAAAAGAUAAAGUGGAAUCCUGAAUCGGUUGGCGGAGGCUCAAAAGUAGUCGGAGAAAUGAUGCAACCUACCAUCAAAACUUUAGAGAAGGCGUCGAGAGAAUAUAGAAAAGCGUUAGCUGCAGAAGGGGUUGAGGCAACGUAA